CCUCAAGCAGACAAGAACUUUCGGCCAUUUUUUCGAGGUGUUUGUUGUUUUCACCAAAACAAGAGGCUGUUCUCAGGUCGCCGCUGAGCCGUACCUCCCAGUCAACCUAUGGCUCCUGUGGAGGGUGAACCGAUCCCAGAUCAGUGUCUGUUUCGGUGUCAUGCCAUCCCCCCUCGCGCUGCUCGAUGCGCGCCAGCCUCGCGAUAGCCUCGCCUACUAGAAUCAAAGCUCUGCUCGCGAACUGGAUGCUGACAGGCGCGCGGUGCGGUCAUCAUGCAAAGGUUACAUUGUAUCCGUUUCAGCGAGUCUUCAAAGAAGAAGCUGCCGCUCCGCAGGACCCGAGCCGGUCACAACAUGCGAGGCGUCUAGCGACACAAACACGCUCGGACUUCACGUUUACCGGCCUGUUUGGCGACAGCAGGUGUCAAAAGAUGGACGCAAGUUUGGGAUUUCCGCGAACGGCAGUGUGUACGCUGGCUCCUCUCGGCGGUAAAGUGGCUUCAUGAGUGUCCAAAGUAACAGUGGAAGUGGUGGUGGAAGUUUGGAGGCGACGCCAUCUUGGUCGCAGCUCUCCUCGUCCCCAACGAUUUCUCAACAACAUAUAACGGCGACCGCAAAGAGCAAGGAAGGCCCCAUGGAGGAGCUGCACAGCCUGGACCCCAGGAGACAGGAGCUGCUGGAGGCCAGGUUCACAGGAGCUGUCAGUGGCAACACAGGAGGCAGCACUGGGAGCACCAGUGGUGGUGCUAAGGGUCUGGCCAAUGAGUCCUCCAACCACAGCUACGGCAGUCUGGGCUCUUCGAGCGACAAGGAGUCCGAGAACUCUGAUUUGAAAAGAGGGAGCUCCCCUGCCUACUCAACCCCGGAGAAGAAGCACUCUGAAUCGUCCAGAGGGAGGAAGAGGAAAGCUGACACCUAUUCAGAAAGUAGUCAAGGGAAGACUUCCACACGUGGGCCCAAGAUCAGCGACUACUUUGAUUUCCAGGGUGGGAAUGGCUCCAGUCCAGUCAGAGCUCUCCCAUCAGCUCGCCGCUCGCCGCAGAACUCACACUCUGCCCCGGGCUCAAUUAUCCGGCAGAAUAGCUCCUCUCCUACGAGUCUGUGUUUUGGGGAACACAAUCCUAAAGCCUCCUCCAGCAAGUGUGUCCAGACGGAGUUAACAGGCCUGAAACUUGCAGCUCUGGAGAGCAACAAGAGUCUGGACCUGGAAAAGAAAGAGGGCCGGAUAGAUGACCUGCUCAGGGCUAACUGUGACCUGCGGAGACAGAUAGACGAACAGCAAAAACUCCUGGAGAAGUACAAGGAGAGGCUCAAUAAGUGCAUCACCAUGAGCAAGAAACUGCUCAUAGAGAAGAGCACCCAGGAGAAACAAUCGUGUCGUGAGAAGAGCAUGCAGGACCGUCUCCGUCUCGGUCACUUUACCACUGUCAGACACGGAGCGUCCUACACGGAGCAGUGGACUGACGGAUACGCAUUCCAGAACCUGAUCAAGCAACAGGAGGGCAUCAACCAGCAGAGGGAGGACAUAGAGCGGCAGAGGAAGCUGCUGGCCAAGAGGAAGCCUCCAAACCCGUCUGCAUCUCCCUCCCUCUCGGUGGCCUCCACCUCUGAACCCAAGCAGCGCAAAACUAAGGUGGUCAACGGCAACGACUCCGACCCCUUCCUCAAGCCCUCCCUGCCCCAACUACUGACCCUUGCUGAGUACCACGAGCAGGAAGAGAUCUUCAAGCUUCGCCUUGGACAUCUGAAGAAGGAGGAGGCUGAGAUCCAGGCAGAGCUGGAGCGGUUGGAGCGGGUGAGGAACCUUCAUAUCAGAGAGCUGAAGAGGAUAAACAACGAGGACAGCUCGGCGUUCAAAGACCAUCCCACCCUGAACGAGAGGUACCUGCUGCUGCACUUGCUGGGGAGGGGCGGCUUCAGUGAAGUCUAUAAGGCUUUUGACCUGUUUGAGCAACGCUACGCAGCUGUUAAAAUCCACCAGCUCAACAAGAACUGGAGAGAGGAGAAAAAGGAGAACUACCACAAGCAUGCAUGCAGGGAGUACCGGAUACACAAGCAGCUGGACCAUCCCAGAAUAGUCAAACUAUAUGACUAUUUCUCCCUGGAUACUGACACGUUCUGCACAGUUCUGGAGUUCUGCGAAGGCAACGACCUGGACUUCUACCUGAAGCAGAACAAGCUAAUGUCAGAAAAGGAGGCCCGCUCCAUCGUCAUGCAGAUUGUCAGCGCCCUGCGCUACCUCAACGAAAUCAAACCCCCCAUCAUCCACUACGACCUCAAACCUGGUAACAUCUUAUUGGUGGACGGUACUGCGUGUGGAGAAAUCAAGAUCACAGACUUCGGCCUGUCUAAGAUUAUGGAUGAUGAUAACUACGGCGUGGACGGGAUGGACCUCACAUCACAGGGAGCAGGCACCUACUGGUAUCUUCCUCCUGAGUGCUUUGUUGUGGGGAAGGAACCACCUAAAAUCUCCAACAAAGUGGACGUCUGGUCUGUGGGAGUGAUCUUCUUCCAGUGCCUCUACGGACGCAAGCCGUUUGGUCACAACCAGUCACAGCAGGAUAUUCUCCAGGAAAACACCAUUCUCAAAGCCACAGAGGUCCAGUUCCCUGCUAAACCACAGGCCAGCACAGAGGCCAAGGCGUUCAUCCGGCGCUGUCUGGCGUACCGCAAGGAGGACCGGUUCGAUGUUCACCAACUGUGCUCGGACUCCUACCUCCUCCCUCACAUGAGACGUUCAAACUCCUCCGGCUCCCUGCAGCCCUCCGCCUCAUCUCUCCCGACCUACUGACUGGCUCUCUCACAUGACUGACUGGACCCUCUGGCCAAUCCCAAGGCAGGAUUGUUGGAGCCUGAGGAUAACAGAUGUGGAUCUUUUUUUUCUUUUUUUCUACCUGAGCUGUUCCAAAAUGGAUGAAUGAGCAACAGAGGAAGAGUUAAAUGCAAUAGUUGGAAAAAGAGUGAAGAGAUGAAAGACUUUGUGUACAGAGUUGUGCCCUUGAACUCAACGGUGUGAGAUAUGGGGAGAGAACAUAACUGGAAAAUGUAAGGGGAAAGAGAGGCUCAGGAUUGUUUGGAGCCAGAAAAGAAAAUGAUGAAUCGAGUGGAUUUCUUUAUAGACUUUAUUAAAUAACCCUGUAGGAGACAUUUCAAUAGCGAUAGGAGCUCCUAGAUGCCCUGUCCCAGCCCACCUCUUUUAGCUCUGCACCAUAACACACCUAAAAAGAUGGCUUAGAAUUUCUUCAACAUAAAGCUGCUGUUGUAGAUGUUCUCAUGUUGCUGAUUUGAGGGAGGUGAUGACCCGCUGGGGUCAUGAAGCAGAGAAGAUGAGUAUCUGGCUGCUUAAUUAAUUAAACUGCAAUCCAUUGUUAUGAGGCACAAAAUGAUUUUUUUUUUGAUGAAUUCAGUCCCUCUGCACAUGACAGGGGUUGCACUUAAAACUGAUGUAACCUUGAUGGAACUCUACUUAAAAAAAAAAAAAAAGAAAAAGUUCCAGAUUAAAUUUCUGGGCUCGAUUUGCACUUCCGGUCCAGGUCUUUGUGAUCUGGUCUAACGCAUUUGGCAUGAAGUACAACAGUGUGGGCUUAUCGGUAGCCGAGUCCUCAGUUCACUUUGUGUUUUUGUUGCAAAGCAAUUCAGAUCUCCUGCUGAGUCUAACAGGAAGUCAAGAUCUGUGAAUCUGUCUUAAUCCAUUUUUGUUCGGAUAAGAGUCGAAAUGUUUCAGAGUAUUACAGUACCAUGUUGUCAUCAAUGUCCUCGUCAACCUGCCUGAAGAGAGCCGGACUGACCUGAUGGACUGGAUCAGCUGAUCCUCUAUUGCUAAGACCCGCGACACAGAGUUCAGUGGACAUUUCAUGUGCAGGAGACAUUACUCACUAGCUGAAUCCAUAAUAAUGAGGCUUCUCCUUGCUUCCCAGUGUCUCCCUUUGCUCCGUUUCUUUGUGUUUCCCCUCCUAAAAGCUGUUCUCAGUUUGCUGCUAUAAAUGUUGCUUUUAGUUUGUAACGUGUGAAUGGUUUUUCGCCUCGCAUAUGUGCAUACUUGAACUGUGUGAAGAGGGACACUCUCCAGAGCCUCUUCUCUCUCAAACGGACACCCGCUGUGCUGUUCAGGAGGUGGGUGGGGGUGCGACAUGUUUUCUUCUGCCACCAACAUCAAUGUCCACAUUUUUGUUUUGUUUACUUUCAUGUACAAGUCCAACAGAGACAUUAUUAUGGAGCAAAGUCCCAGUGUGCUGUGUAGUGAGGGAAUGGUCACAUGCCAGUAGAAGUGGGCUCGCUCCAGGUCGGCUGUGUUGCAGCAUGAUUUACUGCAGCUAGAAAUCAAGUGGAUAUAUCCAAAUGUUGUCGUCCUGUAAAUAAAACACUUACCUGUACGUUGUUGUGACAUUAACCUGCUCAGAGCACGCCUGUGGCAACAAGUCACAUAAAACACAAGUGGGUGCUGCAAGUCUUCAUAGAUUUUUUUUGUACACUACAGGCCAAAAGUUUGGAAGCAACUUUCUUAAAAACUAGUAUGGGUUCUUUUUGAAUGCGUUUACUGCAUGAUCAUACUUUACCUUUAUUGAAUUGAACCAUUUUCCUCAAUUGACCUAUAGGUAUACAUUGAUGUUACCAGACCAUUGCUGAAUAAAUGUUAACAAAAGAAAAGAAGGGCUUAGUUUAAGGGUUGAGAAGAUUCACAACUUCACUGCCAAAGUAAAAAACAAAACAGUUUACAUUAUUCAUUUUAGCUCUUUGGCUUUUGAGAGUUAAAAUAUACAAUACAAAAAUCCCAAUAAAUCUCAACUGUGUUCAUAUCUCUGACAAACUACCACAGAAAUGGCUAAAAUUGAAACAGCUGAGUAAAGAAACAAGUAAAGAUUUAUACAUUAAGGAAAGAAGGAUACACAAAGUCUAAGCAAUAAAAACCCAAAUACCUGAUAUAGUAAAAUGUGUUCUAAUAAGUGACUCUUUCUAUAAUAAUAACAAAUUUGAUCUUGCUUCCAAAUCUUUGGCCUGUAGCGUAUGCGAGAGAACAAAAAGAAAACCGAGAUGUAGGCUCAGCAACAUGACAGGCAGAUUAAAACUGCAGGAAGUAGCAGCUCAUGGCUCACUGCUCCUAAAUGAAAGCAAGUGAGGAAACAGGUAAAGUCAUGUCCACUCUGAUACAUUAUCAUUUAUUCCACUUUGGCGCAGUAAGGCAUGAAACAAAAGCUCUCUUCUACUUGACGAAACAACAGUAGAAAAUGGGUGCUAGCGCCUCAUGAUUAAUGGCAGCCGUGUGUAGACAGAUGUAUGUUCACACAUUAGUGAGCAACGUGUCGGAUCACAUUAGCAGCGGGGGUGCAGCGCCGGGCCGUGUCAUUCAUAUGCAAUAAAGAUUGCCUUACAAGUCUU